AUGGAUGUUGCAGCCGUGACAGCCAUGUUGAGGUACAACUUCCCCAGCUGGUUCGACUGGAGCGAGGAUCCGAUGAAGCCAGAUCAGGGGCAGAAGGGCAGGUCGUACAAGGUCGGAGACGUUUUGGCGACUAAUGGAGCGACUGUGGGCAGGCAAGGAGAUUCACAUCUCAAAGACAACGUUACUUCGGGUUACGUGCGAUUACUCCUGGCUGACAUCCGUGGGGCUGGGUGUCAAGCGGGAGCGCUGUGGUUAGGGACACUCUUCACACUCACCACUCCAUGCAGCAACAACAAUAUGCGGUUUGUUACAGCGGACCCCAAACAAUGUCCAGUGCAUCAGCACAACACUGUGGCCGUAAAGCUUGCACUGAGUGUCCAGCUGGUCCGGCCAAGGCGCACUGACAUCACUGGGCUAAAUGCCCUAUGUUACUGCAACGAAACAUGGAAAAAAAGCACCCGACUCAGGGUAUCCUGA